CAUCGUCACUCUUGGAAGCAGCCGAGUGUCCUCCAGGCAGCACGUCCUCCCGAUGAUCGAGUGUUCUGGAAGACUCAUCAACCCAUACCGCCGCCACAUCGAGUGAUGCCACGCAAGGUCUCGUUGGACCCAGUCCAUAACAAUGGCCGCCCAAUCCACCCUCCGCCAUCCCCAACCCACCGAUCGCUUCUCACGCCUCUUCGACCGCCUGUAUGAGAAGCUCAUCACCUCCGUCGACUCAUGGCAACACCGCAGUCCUCGCUCGAAGCGGACGACGCGCCUCAUCGCCGCUCUCGCCCUUACCCUGACCAUCAUCACCACCAGCUAUGGCGGCUACAGAUACCGAAGACGGAAGCGGAAGGAAAGAGAAGAAGGACGCACACUGGUCCGCAUGAAUAGCAGUAAGAAGCUGGACGAUGGCACACGGGUCAUCUACGUCCCCUACAAAGAUGGACAGACGAGAAGGGUCACAAUCCAUCCCACCAAGGCCACAACAUUCGAUGCGCAUCGGAGACUCUUCCUCAACCCACCCGUGCAAACAGGCAUGGUCCGAGAUCCGUCUCUGGGCGUGCCGUCAUCAAGCAUCAAACCCGGGAUGAACCUGGCCUUCUUGCAUCAAUACAUGAGUCUGAUGAGCAUCAUGGUGCCGAGAUGGCGAAGCAAGGAGUCCGCUCUGCUCGUAAUGCUGUCCGUGUCUCUUAUCGCGAGGACCUGGCUUUCCAUCUUCACAGCGAAGCUCGAGGGUCGUAUCAAUGGCGACUUGGUCGCGGCGAAAGGUCGUCCAUUCCUCAAAAGCCUCUGCUUGUUCCUCGGCGUUGGGAUCUUGGGAGCCAGCGAGAACCACUACAUCAAAUAUUUGCAAGCAAAGGUCAGCAUUGCUUUCCGAACUCGUCUGACCAGAUACAUCCACGAUCUAUACGUCAACCCGAGCAUGGCUUAUUAUAAGUUGCAUAAUCUGGACGGGGGAGUUGCACAUGCCGAUCAAUACAUCACACAAGACGUGACGCUCUUCUGCGACCAAGCCGCCAGUUUAUUCUCUUCCAUUGGAAAGCCGCUGGUCGAUCUGUUUGUCUUAAACUUUCAGCUCUAUCAUUCCCUCGGUCGCUUCGGUGUGGCUGCAUUGUUGACAAACUACUUCACCACUGCAACACUGCUUCAGAACAUGGCCCCUCCCUUUGGCCGCCUGAAGGCGCUCGAAGGCCUCAAAGAAGGACAGUUCCGAGCAUUACACUCUCGUCUCAUCGCGAACGCCGAAGAGGUCGCUUUCUAUGCUGGAGGUCCUACAGAGAAAGUCCAAUUGGAGCGGGGGUUCAAGGAGCUUCGCACUGUCAUGCAGGGCCUCUAUAAAGUACGCGUGGCGUACAACAUGCUGGAAGACUUUGUGAUCAAGUACUGCUGGUCUGCGUCGGGAUAUCUGAUUACAAGCAUUCCCGUCUUCCUGCCUAUGAUCACGCAACUGGCGCACGAUAGAACAACAGCAAGGGACACGGGCAAAGCGAGACUACCGCCCACCACCGACGACUCCUCCUCCUCAAACCGCAUGACACAAUUCGUCACGAACAAGAAUAUCAUGCUCAACCUCGGCGACGCUGGCAGUCGCCUCAUGUACUCGAUGAAAGACCUCUCCGAACUCGCCGGCUACACGUCGCGAGUCUUCACCCUCGUCAGCACCCUCCAUCGCGUCAACGCAAACGCAUACUACAAACCCCGGAAUCGGUAUCCAGAGUUGUACAGCCUAGCAGAUGUCGACGGCACGCUAGCGAAAAGCUUCGACGGCGUGCGGCUGGAGAACGUGCCCGUAGUAGCACCCGCCUUGUUCCCCAUGGGUGGCGAAGAGCUCAUCGAGAGCCUGACUUUCCAAGUCAAAGCAGGCGACCACGUUCUAAUCACCGGUCCAAACGGCGCAGGCAAAAGCGCCGUCGCACGCAUCGUAGCAGGCCUCUGGCCCACCUUCCGCGGCAUCACCGCCCGCCCCCGCGUCACAGGCGAAGACGGCAUCAUGUUCAUCCCGCAGCGCCCCUACCUAACCGUCGGUACCCUGCGCGACCAAGUCAUCUACCCGCACACAGAAAUGGACAUGCAACAAGCGGACCGCCGGGACGCGCAGCUGCAAAUCAUCCUCGAGCAGACGCGGCUCGGGUACUUGCCUGAGCGAGAGGGCGGGUGGGACACGAAGAAGACGUGGAAGGAUGUGUUGUCGGGGGGCGAGAAGCAGCGCAUGCAAAUUGCGCGCUUGCUGUAUCAUGAGCCGCGGUAUGCUUUUAUUGACGAGGGGACGUCGGCCGUCAGCUCGGAUGUGGAGGGUUUGCUGUAUGAGACUUGUAAAGGGGUUGGGAUCACACUAAUCACCAUCUCCACCCGCGCAUCGCUCAAACGCUACCAUGACUUCACCCUUACGCUUGGCUUGGGCGAUGACGCGAGCGGGUACGAAUUCCAGCGCAUUGGAACGCAGAGCGAGAGGGAGAGUGUCGAGGCGGAAGUGCGGGAGCUGCGCGACCGACUCGCGCAUGUGGAAGAGUGGAAGCGCAGACGGGAUGAGAUUGACGAGGAGCUGAAGCAAGUCUGGACGGUGGAAAAAGAGGAAGAGGCCCCUGAGGAGCCCGAGUCCAACGCGACGGAGGGGCAGAUUUGAAGUCAGGAAGGGCGU